AUGUCAUCCAACGAUGUGCUCAUUCUCCGUGAAGCCAUCCGCAAGCUGUUGAACAAGAUGGAAGAAAACAAAGAGAAUACAACAGAUGAAACCAACGCGGUCGUCGAAAACAUCGCCAGGACGGGGAAGUCAGACAUAAUAUCGUCGGUCUGGAAGUCGAUAUCCUCUUCAUUAGCCGCACCCUGCUCGCCAAACGCACGCGACACCUCCUACUUCACGGCGGUCCGGAAUCGCGCUAUGGUUCAGCAGCAGGCUCCCCGCCGUCCUGAACACGAUGCCUCGGUGGAGGUGCAUCGUUAUUGGCGCGAUGCGCAGCGUCUGCGCCUGGUGGAGGGGGAUGCUGGCUACGCCAACUGGUCCCUCGCCAAGUUUCGGUUCCGGACCGCCGUAAAGUAG